AUGGCAUCGGCAAUAUGCAUCCACGAGCACGAUGCUACCACAAUAAUACCGACACUCGUAUCUGAAUUGCCGUAUUCUACAACUCUGCUCCGACGCAUCCAACAUGGAAUCGCGUAUCCGUCCGAGACUGCCCACAUACUAGCAACUUUCCCGCCCGGCUUAACCCCUGAACCUGGACAGCCAUGGCUGGCUGCGCGGGUGGAUCUCUUUGCUGGCCGCACAACACAGAUGCUCAUCUACUCCAGCCUCGAAGCGGAGCACACGUCAAUCCCUCCGAUCGCCACUGUCAGCGAUAGUUCCAAAGCCACUACACCGGAGAUAUUAAAUGUGGACUCGAUGGGAACCAAUGACAAAAAUAAUGCCAAUGAUAAUAAUGAUCAUGUGGACAACGCUGACAUCAACCCCAUCGCCGUGGUUUCCACCUUUUCCGCCAACCCAUCCGUCCUAGCCCUAGUCCGCGCGCAGGUCUUGGCUUUGCUGUCAUAUGUCAAGACAUACCUGCUGCCAUCCUACCUGUCAUAUUUGGCGACGUCAGCCCAGGCCACAUCUGAAACUAUUUCCGUGUCGAUGUCCUCGGUCACCCCAAACAACACCGAUCCCAUUACCAAUCGUGGUGUUCCCCUGAUCCCCACGCCAGAUCCGCAGGCCUUCCUCAUCGGCAGCCUUCAUACAGGUCUAUUCUCCCUCUUGCAGCGAUCGGGCUCUUACACGCUAUCUGACCCGAUACCAAAUAUCCGGGUCCAUCGUUUCGAUGAUCCGCCUUAUUACAAAUACUUCUUUCGCAGAUCUAACUUCAGCCCCAGCAUAGAGUAUACAGCUGCAGAUCUUCCGUCCGCCGAUCUGUCCCUCCCCUCUGGAUAUAGGUUCCAUGAUCGAGAAGGGAGGGAGGGUGUUCUAAGCAAACAUCUAGAUCUUGUGCAGAGCCGGACAAAUAUCCCCCGGCCACGAACACAGCUAUCUAAAAUGCCAGGUAUGGCAGUUUAUUUUGAUUCUGGGUCUAGUGGUGCUGAUGAAGUGCCUAUUGCAUGGGCGUUCUUGGGCAUGGAUGGAGCUCUGGCGACGUUGCAUGUAGAGCCGGAGCAUCGGGGUCGCGGGCUUGCAGUUCCAUUAUCCAUGGCUGUCAUGCGCCGAGGGAUGUCAGUAGAUGGUGUUUUUGGGGCCAAAAGACUCAACUCUGAGGACAGUCAGACUCAAGAGCGCGCUGGGGCUUGGGCGCAUACUGAUGUGGCUGGGUAUAAUAAGGCGAGUCGGAGGGUCAUGGAAAAGAUUGGGGGUCAGGUUUUGACGACUGUCACUUGGGCUGUCAUUGAACUACAUGACUAA